UAUAAAUGCAUGGAGUGUGGAAAGACCUAUGCUCAUAGUAAUGGACUUACUAUCCACAAAAUGAUCCACACAGGGGAGAGGCCGUAUAAAUGCAUGGAGUGUGGAAAGGCCUUCGUUCAAAAAGUUAAUCUUACAUCCCAUAAGGUGAUCCACACAGGGGAGAGGCCAUAUAAAUGCACGGAGUGCGGAAAGACCUUUAGUCAGAGCCGCAGUCUUACUUUCCAUAGAAGUACUCACACUGGGGAAAAACCAUAUAAAUGCAUGGAGUGUGGAAAGACCUUU